AUGUCCAAACCAGAUGUGCACCGUGUACAAAUCAAACAUUUUCAAGUCACACAUUGUCGAGUAAACAACUGCAUAUUCACACAUGAUAAGAAUUUUUUCGGCGGAGACUACUCUCAAUUCGACGCUGUAUUGUUUUUUGACAAAUCUUUGAAACUCGAAGAGGAACAUCUUCCAAUAAAUCGGACCAGCUCACAAGUAUACGUAUUCGGAACAGUAGAGUCUUCAUACAACUAUCCAGCUUGUGAGACCUAUUUUGACGACUUCUUCAACUUGACGGUGACUUACAGACUCGAUUCAGACAUUAAUUGGCCCUACUUUUUAGUACGCGACCUGACGGGUCAAGUCUUGGCUCCAAAAGUCGACGUAAAAUGGCCAGAGCAGAGUAAUGUAUCGAUAAGUUCAAAUAUAGUUGAUAUUUUAGCCAAGAAGAAGAGAGCUGCUGCUUGGCUGGUGAGUCAUUGUCAAGCGGACAGCUUGAGGGAUGAGUACCUCACGCGACUCCAGGAGCAUUUAUACCACUUUUCUCUUGAAAUUGACGUGUUUGGUUUAUGCUCUAACAUAAAAUGCCGAUAUGGUAGCUGUUCAGAAAUGUUCACUAGGGAUUACUAUUUCUACAUGGCAUUCGAGAAUUCCUUCUCUGCAGAUUACGUCACUGAGAAGGUGCUCCACGGGUACGAUAAUUACGCGGUCCCCAUUGUGUACGGCGGCGCUAAUUAUACCAGAUUCCUUCCCCCUGGAUCCUACAUUAACGCCCAUGAGUAUCAUCCGUACAACUUGGCAUAUAUCAUGCAUCAAGCUAUAAAGAACCCAUCGAUAUACUACCAGUACUUUAAGUGGAGGAACUAUUAUACGAUAGACUCGGGCCCACCGGGCUCCCACGCUCUUUGUAAGCUUUGUGAGGACUUAAACACAGAGGGAAGAGAACCUAAGAGUUAUAGUAAGUUCAGGCUUUGGUGGAAUCUACCUAACGGCAUGAAGUGGUGCUUGCCACAGUCAUUCUGGAAUGAAAUGACUCUUGUCCACGUCGAUAAUAGCCACGUCAUCAGUAUGUACUGA